ACUCAAGAUGAAUUAUUUUUACUUUGGAUAUACCUUUCAUAAUUUUAUUCUGGAAGGUGUGGACAUCAUCAGUAUUGCAGGAUUUCUAAGUGUUGUGGUUGGUGUCUCUCUGAUGUGCAUUGGCAAUGAGGGGCUACGGGUUGCCCGGGCCUAUCUUGCCCAACUCACGCCUAGACAGAAUGCAUCCUUGAGUCCAGAGCCAAGAACACGUCAUGCUGGAGCCUCACCAUCAACGGCAUUGCAGAGAAUUCUCAUUGACAAGGAUAAGAAGAAGUUAACGUGUUGUACCUCAAGGCCACUACAUCUGAUGCUUCAGAGCUUGGUACACAUGUUACACAUUUCAAUUGGUUACGUCUUGAUGCUUGUUGUCAUGACAUUCAAUGUCUAUUUUCUACUUGCUGUUGUUGUGGGUGUAGGUGCUGGAUAUUUUCUGUUUGGCGCAUUCAGUGUGAUGCUUAUGGCCAGAGCAAAUCCUUAUUUUGUUGAACAUAAUCAUGGUAGAUUAGGAACUUUAGAAGGUAGCAAUGCUGUCUGCUCAGUGAGUGGUAGCUGCGUAACUGACCAGGUGUCAGCAGCAGGUGAGAAUGACUUGUCCAGAUUAUGUGGCAGGGCGAGGGCAAAUGAAUUGGUUGAGGGAGAGAGUGACCACAACAACGGCACGCCUGACCGGGACCGCCUACUGCUCAUGGUUAAUGCUGAAGAAACCUCAUCUGAACAACAUCGCACGUCUGAUAUUGUUGCUCUCUUGAGUGGAGAAGUCACGGUUGAUGUCCAUGUUUGAACGGGGAAUACCUUCGAUGUUGGCUAGAAACGUGCUAGGAGAUUGUUUUGAAUAAUUAGGGAGAUUGUUUUGAAUGAUUAGGAGAUUGUUUCGAAUAUUUAGGAGAUUGUUAUGGAUAAUUGGAUCACAAUUGCGGAAGGAGAGAAUUGUCUUGCUACAGUAAUUAGUUGCAAAUGCGCCUCAAAAUGUAAUUUUUACUCUGCUAUAUGGUACUUGUAAUUUAAGGAAAAAUAUAUAGGCUCUGAAACUAUUGUUAAUGUACACCUAAGAUGAGGUAUCGUACUCUUGAAUCAAUGUGUCCUCCCCAGUCCCUAGUGCCAUUGAACAAACAGUACCGCUGCUGCGCGUCAUUAGGUUGAUUUUGGUGCUAUUAGUUAUCUUCGUAGUUAAUAGGGUGUAGUAUGCACGUGCGCUUCGUGCAUAGUAGUAUUGAUUGUUAUGCAUGCCUACUCUCUUGGCAGUUGAAGAAAGCUCUAGUCAAACUUGCUGUCCGAUCACUAGAAACUGUGUGGUCAACACGACUUUGGUCGCGUUUAUUGAAACUAAAUUAUCCGUCCCCAUUGAAAUAACCCCGAAUGCUGCCGUGACAUUACAAGGAACUGCUUGUGUGGCACCUUUUCUGUUUCUGACUUGAUAUUUAUAUUUUAACCUGCAGCACGAGGUGCUAUUGAAAUUAGUGGAGAAUGUGUGGAUGUCUUGGAAAUAAUUUUAUCGGUUGUAACUAGAUUCUGAUUAAAAACAUUGUUUCUUCAGAAUUUAUUGAGGAAUUUAGUGAGUUGGCCAGUUGAUGAUGUAUGGAAUACGCCUUCAAAAACUCAAAAUUAAUAACUCGUUUAUCCUGUGAUAUAACAUUAACCUAAUUCUGAAGCAUUGAAUGUUAACAAUUAUUGAUAGCAUGUUAUUCGUGAAGUAUAGAUUAUGUUGGGUGUAUUCCAAAGAAGAAGAGGAAAGCUUAAUUAGUGUUAAUCGUAUUAGAUGUAACGGAUUACUUCCAAAAUCGGUCUAAUUAAUAUUAGUACAAUGGGUGCUAUUCCGGGGCUCUUGACAAUAAUCUUCAAUGGAGUGGCUAAGCUAAUCUUUACUUGCUGUAAGUCUGUCGACGCUGCGUUGCCUCGUUUAGUUAAUAUUAAUUUUAGGAUAAUAUUCUGUAUAUUUAAUAAAAAAUUCGUGCCGUCAUUAAUCGAGAACGCUUCCAUUCCUAAGCCAUUAUGUGCGACCGGAUACUAUGACGAGGCGUUUCAAUUUUGUAUCAGGAUUAAUUUAAAUUCAUCUAGUGAUUUUUGUCAAUUCGCCUAGUAUUUUUGUUCAUUCACUGUGUUUGUCAACAAAUUAGUGUCCCAAGAUAUUCCUACAAUUCCUGGAAAAUUACCAAAAGAUUGUUGUUGUGCAUUCCAUUAUGUUGAGCGUCGCUUGUGUGUCUGCAUUUCCAAACCGCUUAGGUUAUUAAAUCGAAAAGCUUUUAACAAAGUCGGCGGAAUUUCUUGUUAUAGAGUUUUACGUGCUUUGCAUGCCAAGUUAUUUCAGUUAAGCUACGUUAAUCUGUAAUAACUAACUCACUUUAAUGCUUACUUAUGAAUAUUUAAGUAUAUUAGCGUCCAAAAGUUUUUUGUACACCGUGUUAGCAAAAUAGAGGUGAAUUAUUUAUGAUCUGAAACAUAUAAGAUGAACAAUUCUGUCUUCGUAUGUUCUCUGUUAGUUUUCUUGCCACUCUUUCUGUUAAGGUUCAUCUUCACUUCGUUACAGACUCGUUUCCACGUGUUGUUUGGUCUCCGUCAAGCCGUUCUUAGUAGUUUGACUGUUAGUCCCGGUAAUAUGCCAGAAAUGCAGGAA